UGUCUUCUUUCAGUUGCGACAACAAGAAUGCCUAGAUCUGCACAUGUACCACUAUGAUGAUGUUUCCUUGUCAACUCUGCUUCAAGACAGGAUGACAACUGCAGCAUUCAGCUCUUUUGAAAAACUUGCCAUGAUGGAUGAUGGGUUUACCCAGAGAAGCAAUAUGAAUGCCAAGUUUGGAAACUUGAUGUCAAAACUCAUGGCAAGACACUGGCCACAGAAUACUGAAAGUGGAGGCAAAGAAAUGAUUGAGUUUGUCCUCUCAUGGAGACCUCUCAUACAGUAUUUUGAGAGAUUUUAUGGAGUAGACAAUUCAAGUAAAUUCUUGACUGAAGAAUGUAUAGAACAUCUGAUGCAGGCUGCAUCCCUGCUGGAGAGUGUAAAAACUGAUAUCUGUGAUGGCAGUAUUCCAAUCCCACAACUGAGGCUGAUUCUCACAGAUUCCGAACACUUUCUGUGCCUUUGGACAGCUGUAGAAACAAACUUUUCCAGCAAAGAAGAAGAUAAGUCAGCUGCAACGGAGCGCCUCAAGUUUAUCCUUGAGGCCAGAGAAAAAGAGCUAAAGUCUUGUGAACAACUCAAUCAAAAAGUGAAAACACUUUUGGUCAUGUGUGUUCAUAUACAGAAUGUGAACUCUAAUGCAUUGUUUGAAAGAACUUCUCAAGUGGACAAGAUGAUUGAGGAAGGAAGAAUAAGAGAAAUAUGCCAUCCUCUACAUUUGGAUAAGUCUCCUGGCAGCUUAGGAAAUUACCAGCCAAAACUUUGCAUUUUUGACAUUCAAGAUGAAGUUAUAGAAAUUGUUCCUGAGCUUGAAAAAUUAAAGCAAAGUGUGGUAUUUCAAAAGCUCUGGGAAAAGAAAGCAGGAGCCAUUCCAAGUGAGACAGAAUUGAACACUGCAAUACUUACAGUUUGGGAGUCCUGUCAAAACAGCCUGGUUGUCCCUUUGUGCUCAAAUAAUUGAUGGCUCUGCAACAUUCCAAUAUGUCCAAAAACAUGUCAGCAUGUUUCAGAGAGACAAUGUAAAGAUCAAAAGAGAGUUCAGAUUAAUGUGUGCAGAGGGAGAAUCUACAUCUUGGAUUGAUCAAAGAGUGCUGCAACUUAAAUGUUAUGAAGUGUUGCAGGGUUGCCAGAAGGCUGCAGAUAUCAUACUGGACAUUAAAAAUGUCUAUGACAUUUCUGGAGACUUUACUCCUGUGGAAGCAGUCAAAUUACUGGGAAGCAGUCGUGAGCAGCCCAUGAGCACCAUGGAUGCAUCUGUCCUGGAAACCUGUGAUGUACUGGAGGGACUGAAUAAUGAAUUGAAGCAGGCAUGUAUCAAGGCAUUCAAAGAUAGUAAACAGCUGAUAGACUGGCUCAGAGAUUCCAUGAAAGAUGGCCUAAAGGAACUAAAGGUGUUUGUGGACCUGGCGUUCAUCUCAGCUGGAGAGGAACCAAUGGAGAUUCAUAAAGUCAACUGUUUUCACUCUGCUACUACUGGAUAUGCUCCGCUGAUUUUCAACACACCACAGAAUACAGACUAUGGCACUUUCCUCAAGAACUGUGAACUUGUCUGGCAGGAGCUCAAUUCAGAUCAGAAACUUCCUGAAAAACUGAUUGACACAUCUCGUCAUCUACGCUGGCUGAAAGAAGUAAAACAGUCACACGGCUCUGUGGAAGUAACAGCGCUCACACAGGCUUCAAUGAUUAACUCAAGAGGAUUAUACAGGAUUGGAAACCUAAACAACCUUGAAACAGUUUCUGACAUGAUUCUGAACAAUGUGAUAAGCCUACAUGUGUCACAAGAGUCAGAAGACAACCCUUCCCGAAAAUACAGCUACGGCCAGUUGGUGGAUCUUCAGAGCAGGCUCAUGCUGGUAGCUGGGCAGGCAGAAAAGGGCAAUGAAAAUGUGGACCACUUUAUUAUGGUCCUUGAUGGAAUCGUGCGUCUAGCCAAAUCCUAUAUCAAACUUUGUACUGAUGGAUGUGUCUUGUUCAACUGUUGGAAGGGAAAAUUCCUUUGUGCAGACGACAGGAAAGCAUGCACAUUUUUUGGAAUUUGGUCAUGGGGACAAUCUUGAAACCUUGAAGGGACAUCGAGGGAACGAAGGUGUUGAGGUCUUCAUCCAUGCUCUUGCAAAUGAGUUUGAGGACUUCCAUGAUGAAUGGAUGAACUAUGUGAGUGACAAAAGAGAUGAAUACUUGGAGCUGAACUUCUACACCAUUGAGCAGCUGGUGUUCCUUCAGAGAGAACUCAUUAAACUGGGCACAGAUGAGGAACCUUCUAUUCGUGUGUACUCAAUGUUGUCUCUGAUCAAGCCUGAUUGUACACAAGCAGAUCUCACCAAUGCAAUGCAGGAGGCUCGAGAUUUAGUAUUUGCCAAGGAGGAAGAAACAGAAACAGUAAUGGAACUUGAUGAGCCUCUUGAAGAAUCUGAUCCCAAACAAGCCUUCAUUAAUGCCAUGCUGGAAACGAACUUCUCGGAGAAAUUGGCAAGACUUGCUUUAGAGGCCAAUGGACCUGAUGAUAUUGACAGUGGUAUUGUGUGGUGUAUGGAGCACCAGGAAGAAGAUAUUCUUGAGGAGGAGACAGCUAUGACUGAAUCAUCAGUGGAUCAGCCAAGACAGAUCUUUGGUGGCUGGCACUCUGGUGGAGAGUCUGUUUCCUCCAGUGCUGUGUCUUGGGUCAGGAGUAUUUCUUCAAGCAAUAAGAAUAUAACAACUGUUGCAACUUUGACCUCCAACUUGAGAUCAGUGUGGACCAAGUUCCUGGAAGCUAUAUCAUCAAGUGUAGCAGAUUAUCUCAGUCUGGAACAUCUUGGCAUCAUCCUCAGGCAGCUGGCUGAAACAGAUCAUCGAACCUUUGAGCGGACUAUCCCACCACCACUAAAACCAGGAAUUUCUAACUUGAUUGUCUGCCCUCAAGCUGACAUGCUGAAUGCUGUUGUAUACAUGUACAAACACUCAGAGGAUCAGCCACUGCCUAAUCCUGAUGAGGUCCUUCUGUGCUCUCCACAAACUACAUUUGACCAGGUUGACAUCUUCCUUCGACGAGCUUUCUUUAGCAACCCUGGCAAGUUGUAUGCAAUGGCCAAUGCUGAUUUGCUGCAGUAUGAGAUUGAGGAGAGGGCUGAGAAAAAGCUUAAAGAGUAUGCAAACAGAAUAGAAGGUCCUAACUAUCAGCUUGUGAUUUUGUGCUCAACUGAAAAUGAGUUCAAAGCAAGAAUUGUGGCAGCUCUUGAAAGACAGAGGUGCCCACCACCUCCAUUGCAACACUUAGAAGAUAUCAGGCAAUACCUGCUGUUGAAGUUUUCACAGAAGUAUCAGAAACAAGGAAUGACAUCAGCCUCUGGAUUAGAUUUUGAUAGUUCCACAGUGCGAGUGAUCAAGUCCAAAAGAGCUGGUGUUGGGAAGACCUUAUACAAGAAGCGUCAAGUUGAGGCACUGCAACGUCUGAACCCCAGAGUCCCUGCUACAUCAGUGUCCAUACAUCUGUAUGAGAAAAGUGUGUCCACAACUACUGUGGCAGAGAAACUGCUGGAUCAUACGCUGCAGCCUGGACAAGUCCAGCCUAGAAUAUUCCACUUGGACAUUUCAUAUGAGGUUCAGGAAGGCGUUGACUAUCUCCUCUUCAACCUGUUGGUUCUGGGCUGCAUCAGCAACAACAUGGGGCAUGUCUGGCUGAAGUCUCCCCUGGACCUGUAUCUCGUGGAGACCAUUCCCAUCACAGAUGUCAGGCAGGACAGGAGAGCCAGUCAGCGUUUGAUUCAUUCCAUUCUGGAGGUCCUGCCUGAUGUUUUCUGCUGGUCUCCUCAAGACAGUCAGCAAAUCCUUACCACAGACCAAAAGCCUGAAGAUUACUCUGAUAAUGACAGGCUCUUUGAUGACAUAGAGUAUCAAAGCCAAGUUUACCAGCGCCCAUUCCAGUAUCUCAAGAGAUUGAACAUCAAAGGCAAUCUUGCUGAAAUCAACCCAGCUGCACCAGAAGGAUCACAUCAAGAAUGUCUCAGUGUACUUCUGCAACACUGUGGAGUACGAGAUCCAUCCUGGUCUGAGCUCCACAACUUUGUAUGGUUCCUGAAUACUCAGCUGGUUGACUUUGAGAACUCCAUCUUCUGUUCAGACCUCAUUUUGGAGGAUCUGCCUGGCUUUCCAGUGUUGGUGCUGCACUUCCUUAUCCAGAUGUCGAGAGACUUUGCUACCAGGUCACUUGUGAUGAGUGAGGAGUCUCCUCUGGACCAGCUGGUUGUACAAGAGAGACAAGCAGAAGAUCUUGCACAGUUUCAGAUGAAGCGGACGUGGGAAAGCAGCCCUCAUCCCUACAUUUUCUUCAACCCUGAUGGCCACACCAUGACCUUCCUUGGCUUCAACAUCGACCGCCAGACAGGGAACAUGGUGGAUCAGCAGACAGGGAGCGUGCUGGAGAGAAAUCUAGUGCCAAAACCACUACAGGAAGCACUGAUCAGAAACAGGGUCAACAUCAAUGAGAACUUUGAUCAGAUGCAAAGGCUUGAGAGAUUAGCUAAGCUGUGCAGUGUGAUGCCAGGGGUAGAUUUUGUACAUGACCCUGAUGACACAUAUGAACUGACAACAGACAAUGUCAAGAAGAUUCUGGCCAUUUACAUGAGAUUUAGAUGUGGAAUCCCAGUGAUAAUCAUGGGAGAGACAGGAUGUGGGAAGACCAGAUUGGUUAAAUUCAUGUGUGCCUUACAGUGCCUGCCAGGCACUGACAUGGAAAACAUGGUCAUUAUGAAGGUUCAUGGAGGCACAACCCCUGAAGAUAUCAUCAGGAAGGUCAAGCAUGCAGAACAACUCGCCAUUGCUAACAAGGCUAAUAACCCACACAUGUACACUGUCCUGUUCUUUGAUGAAGCAAACACAACUGAGGCCAUUGGACUCAUCAAGGAAAUAAUGUGUGAUGGCUGUAUGAAUGGACAACCCUUGAAACUGUCAGAAAACCUAAAGAUUGUAGCUGCCUGCAAUCCUUACAGAAAGCAUUCUGAGGAGUUGAUUCAGAGACUUGAAAAAGCAGGACUUGGCUAUCAUGUUGAUGCUGAUCAGACAACAGAUAAGCUAGGCCAUGUCCCUAUGAGGAGACUUGUCUACCGGGUGCAGCCCUUGCCACAGAGCAUGCUUCCUCUUGUUUGGGACUUUGGCCAACUCAACGUUCAAGUGGAAGAACUCUACAUCAGACAGAUGGUCAACAGAUAUGUACGAAAUGGUAAGAUACCAUCACAUCAGAACAUGGUGAACGUGAUCAGUAAGAUCCUAAUAGCCUCACAACAGUUCAUGAGGAAACAGGAGGACGAGUGCAGCUUUGUAAGCCUCCGUGAUGUUGAUCGUAUUCCCUGAGUGUCAUGUCCUGGUUCUACCAGCAGUCCCAAGAAAAUGGAACUUUAUUUGAGAUGAUAGAUGACGAUCUUUGUCCUGAACAGGACCCUGAAGAGGAGGAAGAGGAGACAGUUCCAACAGUCAUUGUGCCCACUGAUGUCACCAAAGCCCUUAUCCUGGCACUAAGUGUGUGUUACCGAGCAUCACUGAGAAGUCGAGACGAGUAUGAUGAUCAUGUAUUCAGAUAUUUUCUAGAUCCUUGUGGCAUACCUGGUGGAACUCAGCAGAUGGUUCAAGUUAUAAACAGCUGUCAGAGAAGUGUUUGUGGAUGAAGUCCAAGCUUGGAGACAACAUAGCAAAGAACCAGGCCCUCAAAGAGAACCUAUUCAUGAUGGUUGUCUGUAUUGAACUGAGGAUCCCCUGUUCCUGGUGGGAAAACCAGGCAGUUCCAAGUCCCUGGCCAAAACCAUUGUUGCAGAUGCCAUGCAGGGCAACUCAGCCAGAUCAGAGCUAUUCAAA